GACCAAAUAUAUUUUAAAUAAGAUUAUCUUUUAUAGACAAAUCUAUUAAAACAAAAGUGACACGAAAGUUUAAAAUAUAUCCACAUUUAGUAAUAGUAUCUCGUCACACCUCAAUCACUAUUAUUUGAGCUCAAAUGAUUGGAUUACCUAAUAGAUUUUUUUUUGUCUUUUCUCACUACCAUUGUUUAUUUAUAUAAUCAUAUACUACCAUUACCAAUUUAACAAAUUAAUCAAAUACUUGCACACUUACAAAGCAAAAUAGAGACAAAUACAAUGAGUGCUUCAGAUUUUUCAGCUACAUUCACAACGACGCCGUUUCGCAACCUUUCUUCAUCUAGUUAUUAUAUAACAACAUCAUCAAAGGUCAGUUUCAAGUUGCAGCGCCAUGUCAGCAAUGGAGAAACUCGACGGAGUUUUCGGGUGGUUCGAAUCUUGGCGUCAUCCUUGUGGCCGCACACUGACUCAGCCGGUACUCCGCCGUCGCCGGCGGAAUCAAAUGGAGCUUUGGAGGUGAAUGGUGCGGUUGAUAGUCGUUACUCGUUUUUGAAAUGCGAUGGUUCAAAAACCGUUCAUGCUGCUGAGAGAUUAGGUCGGGGCAUAGUCACUGAUGCAAUCACCACCCCUGUUGUGAACACUUCUGUCUACUUUUUCAAGAAAACUGCUGAUCUCAUCGAUUGGAAGGAGAAAAGGCAAUUUAGUUAUGAAUAUGGGCGAUAUGGAAAUCCAACUACAGCGGUUUUAGAAGAGAAGAUGAGUGCAUUAGAGGGAGCUGAAUCAACUCUGUUCUUGGCAUCUGGGAUGUGUACUAGCUCUGUCAUGUUGUUGGCAUUAGUUCCAGCUGGGGGACAUAUUGUUACCACUACUGAUUGUUAUAGGAGGACCAGAAUAUUCAUUGCCAACAUGCUUCCAAAGAUGGGAAUUACGGCCACCAUAAUUGAUCCCGCUGAUGUUGAUGCCUUGGAAGCUGCAUUGGAAAACAACAAAGUAUCACUCUUCUUUACUGAGACACCAACCAAUCCAUUCCAAAGAUGUGUUGAUAUUAAGCUGGUUUCAGAGCUUUGUCAUAGAAAAGGAGCUUUAGUUUGCAUUGAUGGUACAUUUGCUACACCUAUUAACCAAAAAGCACUUUCCCUUGGAGCUGAUCUUGUAGUGAAUUCAGCUACAAAAUACAUUGCUGGACACAAUGAUGUUCUUGCUGGUUGCAUCAGUGGUUCAAAGAAAUUGAUUACACAAAUUCGUAGUUUGCAUUUUAUUUUGGGUGGUACUCUUAGCCCGAAUUCUGCAUACCUAGUUAUUAGAGGUAUGAAAACCUUGCAUCUUCGUGUACAACAUCAAAAUUCAACAGCAAUGAAGAUAGCCAAACUUUUAGAGACACAUCCUAAGGUGACACAAGUCUAUUAUCCGGGCUUGCCAAGUCAUCCUGAAUAUUCGCUUGCCAAGAGACAAAUGACCGGUUUUGGUGGCGUUGUUUGUUUUGAUAUUGAUGGAGAUAUAAUGAGGACUAUAAAAUUUGUUGAUUCACUAAAAAUUCCAUACAUUGCUCCAUCCUUUGGUGGUGUUGAAAGUGUGGUGAAUCAGCCAGCAAUCAUGUCUUAUUGGGAUCUUCCAAGGUCGGAGAGGGAGAAAUAUAGAAUUUAUGAUAACACUGUUCGUUUCUGCUUUGGAGUUGAAGACUAUGAAGAUUUAAAGGAUGAUAUCCUUCAAGCUCUUGAUGUCAUAUAAAACCUUAAUCACCUUCCUUUUUUUCUUGUUUUCUCUGUCCUUUUUCUUUCAACAUGUCUAGUGGGUCAAUUUCAAAAAAUGGACACAUGUCAGUAUCAAACAUCAGCACGACACUGACCCGUAUAAUUAAAUUUGAACAUUUUCAUCAAUUAUUAUUGAUAUUGCGUGUCAUGUCAAUAUUGUUGGUGUGAUCCAAUAAUGUAACAAAAGUAUCGAUUUGUACACUUAUUAUGUCAUUAUAUAAUCACUUAUCCUUUUAUUCAACAUAAAUCCACUCCACACUUGAUUUUCAACAUGUUCCAAUAAAGUUGAGUCAACAAAUUUAGAAAUUGUAUCAACUUAAAUUUAUUUUUUGUACAUGUUACCUAAAAAUAAUCUUCUAAACCAAAUUUUUGG